AUGAAUAAAGCAUUUUCCAAAAUUUCAGGCCAUAUUUCGAUAGUUUGUUAUGUGAUUUUUUUCAUUCCACAAUUUUAUGAAAACUAUAAACGAAAAUCGAGCGCUUCUGUAUCGUUAGGUCUCGUUUUUUUAUUGUUUAUGGCUGAUGCUCUCAACUUAAUAGGUUCAAUAUUGCAGCACCUAAUUCCAACUGUGAUAUUAUGUAUAGCCUUUUAUAAUAUCGCUGGCAUUCUCUUAAUUAUCCAAGUUUUAUAUUACCGUUAUCGUAAAAUUCCCUUUGAAAUUAUAAAUGAUAAUUAUGAGAAUGCUGGGAAAUCGGCGACUUCAUAUCAAAUAAAACAAAAUUACACUUCCGCCUCCUUCUCAAUUUUUUCACGACAGAAAAAAUUUUUCGUAAUAUUAGUUGGAACUUUUUGUGUUUUUUUAAUCGGAAUAAGUGUCUCUAGUAUAUCGGGUUUAUCACUGGAAAAUAUUAGCAAUAAUAAUAAAAAAUUUGAACUUUUACCUCAACUUUUAGGUUGGAUCAGCUCAUUUUUAUACGUUGGAUCGAGAAUUCCUCAAAUUAUUAAAAACUACAGGUCAAAGUCUACGAAAGAUCGUGACUAUUUAUUGGUAAAUAUACCAUGGUUAUGUGGAUAUAGUGGAUCUAUAUUUUUCGAUUUUGUGGUGGGAAUACCCGAAGGAGUGGAUGAAAAAUGGAUAGAAUAA